CUAAACAGCGAAGAUCGUAUUCUAGAAAAAGGAAAAGAUCAUGUCUGUAGAUUCAUUGGAUGUGGAAGGAAUGACAGAUUUAACUAUGUGGUCAUGCAGUUGCAGGGUCGGAACUUGGCAGACCUGCGCCGCAGCCAGUCUCGAGGAACAUUCACCAUUAGUACCACUCUGCGUCUUGGGAAGCAGAUUUUGGAAUCUAUUGAAAGUAUUCAUUCUGUGGGAUUCCUGCACAGGGACAUAAAACCGUCUAACUUCGCAAUGGGACGUUUUCCUAGCACCUGUAGGAAGUGUUAUAUGCUGGAUUUUGGCUUGGCACGGCAGUUUACCAACUCAUGUGGGGAUGUCAGACCA